AUGCAGGUUAUUGUGCAACUACUCCGUAGCGUAAACUCGUGGCGAAAAUCGAAUCGCAACCGUUCGCCCAAAUGUGACCCUCCCCUCGCCCUCGCUUUCCUUUCUCACGCUUCCGCUCUCUUUCGCCCGCGUCGUCGCCAUCACUCCCGCAGCUCGUCGCGUGCCCGUCGCCUUCGCUCCGCCCGUCGCCUUCACUUCUCCCCCGUCGCCUUCACUCCCCCCCCUCUUCCGUUGCCUUCAUUUCCCCCUCCCGUCGCUUUCACUUCCCCCUCCCGUCGCCUUCACUUCCCCCUCCCGUCGCCUUCAUUUCCCCCUCCCGUCGCCUUCAUUUCCCCCUCCCGUCGCCUUCAUUUCCCCCUCCCGCCGCCUUCAUUUCCCCCUCCCGUCGCCUUCACUUCCCCCUCCCGUCGCCUUCACUUCCCCCUCCCAUCGCCUUCACUUCCCCCUCUCGUCACACUCGCUUCCCCACCCGUCACCUUCACUUCCCCUCCCAUUGCCUUUCACUCUCUCCUGCUCAAUCUCUUUCCCCUUGCUCACUCUCUUCCCCCCUGCUCACUCUCUUUCCCCCUGCUCACUCUCUUCCCCCCUGCUCACUCUCUUCCCCCCUGCUCACUCGCUUCCCCCCUCCUCAAUCUCUUCCCCCCUGCUCACUCUCUUCCCCCCUGCUCACUCUCUUCCCCUGUGCUCACUCGCUUCCCCCCUCCUCAAUCUCUUUCCCCCUGCUCACUCGCUUCCCCCCUCCUCAUUCUCUUUCCCUCUGCUCACUCCCCUUGUUCUAACCCCACUUUCCCCAUUUCUCACCCAUUUUCCCCCUUCACGCUCUCUUACCCCCUCUGCUCGCCCCUGUUUUCCCAACUCACGCCUAUACUCACUCUCUCCCCCCCUACUCACUCUCUUCCCCCCCUGCUCACUCUCUUUCCCCUUGCUCACUCUCUUUCCCCCCUUCUCACUCUCUUUCCCCCUUCACGCUCUCUUUCCCUCCCUUCCGCCCGUUGCCCCCCUUCGUCUCGCGCUCGUCCCCUCGCAAUCCCCGUCUCUCUCUCCCCCCGUCGCCCUCGUUUUCCCCGUCGCCCUCCCUUCCACUCCUCGUUGCCCUCGCCAUCCCUCCCUUCUCCCUUCCCAUCUCGCACACUUGUCACGCCCCCUUUCCAGCCCGCACAUACACCCUUCCCUUCUUCCCUGUUUCCUCAUAUCCCCUGCGCUGCUUCCCCCCAUCCUCCGACGUGCUCCCCUCAUCCCCUUCCCUGCUUCCCCCCAACCCCUUCCCUGCUCCCCCCCAUCCCCUUCCCUGCUUUCCCCCUUCCCCUUCCCUGCUUCCCCCCGUCCCCUUCCCUCCUUCCCCCGUCCCCCUCCCAGCAUCCCCCCAUCCGCUUCCCUGCUCACCCCCAUCCCUUUCCUUGCUCCCCCCCAUCCCCUUCCCUGCUUCCCCCUAUCUCCUUCCCUGCUUCCCCCUAUCGCCUUCCUUGCUCACCCCUGCUCCCUCUGUUUCACCCUUGCUCCCUCCCCUUCUUCUCUGCUCACUCUCUUCCCCCUUGCUCACUCUGUUCCCCCCUGCUUCCUCUCUUCCCCUCUGUUCAAUCUGUCCCCCGCUGCUUCUUCUCUUCCCCUCUGCUCAUUCCGUUUACUGUCUUUCCCCCUUCACUCACCCCCAUACCCCCCAAUGCAGUUACAGGGAAUGACAACUGGCAAAUGAGGAAGGGAGGAAGUGAGGAAUGCAGGAAUGAAGGAAGGGAGGAAGUGAUGAUGGGAGGAAGGGAGGUAGGGAGGACGCUUGGGGGAGAAGCAGAAGGGAGGGGAGGAAGAGAGGGUGGGGAGGAGGGUGGGGAGGAGGGUGGGGAGGAGGGUGGGGAGGAGGGUGAGGAGGAGGGUGGGGAGGAGGGUGGGGAGGAGGGUGGGGAGGAGGCUGGGGAGGAGGCUGGGGAGGAGGCUGGGGAGGAGGCUGGGGAGGAGGAAAGGGGUGGGGCGGAAUGGGGUGGGGCGGGGCGGAAUGGGGUGAGGCGGAUUGGGGAGAUGAGGGAUGGGGAGAUGAGGGAUGAGGAGGUGAGGGAUGGGGAGGUGUGGGAUGGGGAGGAGAGGGCUGGGGAGGAGAGGGAUGGGGAGGUGAGGGAUGAGGAGAUGAGGGAAGGGGAGAUGAGGAAUGGGGAGAUGAGGAAUGGGGAGAUGAGGGAAGGGGUAAUGAAUGAACGUGUAUGCGACGAAAGGGUGCCGCUGACCACGCACCCUCCCACACCCAACGCAAUGGGAAGGGAUGAGAGGGUGCGCGGCAUGGGUAGAGAAGCGAUGGUGAAUAGGGGGAACGUGAUGGGCAGGGGAGUGAUGACGACGUGA